CUUUUUUCCUUCGGUUUGAUUCAAUUUUGGGAAUUACAUUCUUUUCAGAGCCUCUUUACAUUGAUGAUCUAGAAAUGAUCCUUGAGGAAUCUCUGCUUUCUUUGAAUACAAUGGCUGAGGAUGGCAGCAUCGAGGAGUUUAAUGAGGAGGAUGAGGAUGAGGAUGAGGAUGAGGAUGAUGAUGACGAAAAUGAUGGCAUGGGUGAGGAUAAUACAACAAACAUGAUGGUAGAUUUGCCAAAGUCCAGGGCCAAUUUCAAAUGUAGUUGAUGCGUCAACUGAUGAACCAAAAACCAAGCAGAAGGCUGAAGCUGCAGAUGAUGGUUGUGUAGUAGUUUCUUCUAGACGAAAUAAGGGAAGAAAAAAUUAGGUUACCU